AACUAAACAUAUCGAAAUUCGCUAUCAUUUCAUUCGUGAUCUCGUCCAAGAUGGCAAAAUUCAUUUGGAAUUCAUUAACUCAGAAAUGCAAUGGGCCGAUAUCUUUACUAAACCUUUAGGUGCUGAAAAAAUCUUACCAAUUCGAAAUGAACUUGGCAAUGUUUACUCAAGAAGACAUUAAUGAGAUUUGAUUGCACCUAACAUAUUCUCUUGCCUUGUUUUCAUUGAUUUCCCCAUUCAUCUUCUUAUUCUUUCCCUUCCAUCCGAAGAGUUUCCCUGAUUUAAUGCAGUCUACUGCAUAUAAACCUAAUCUCAUCUCUUCCUUCUCUUAAUUCUUGCCCACUGUCUCAUACACUCUCUGGUACACAUACCGAAAACAUAUUCAACUCCUCAAAAAUGGCUCCUAACAAUCUUCAGCUGCAGUCGUCAGUGCUGUUCAAAAAUCAAAGUUUUCACAAUGCUGCUACCUAUUCUAGGUAUCUUUGUAGUUUUCGUGAUCGCCCUCUCUACUCUUCCUUCUCCAUUCAGCCUACCACCUUCUCCAAAUAUGAUAUGAAUAUACCUGCAUAUCUUCAGAAUAUAGGAUGGGAGUCUCUGGUCACGAAUCAGCGAUUAGUCAGUGUCCUGAGACUGUUCGUCUCUUCUAUGUUAAUCUUCGAUGUGGCCCUGGGAGUGAUCCUGAUUCUUUCACCACACUAGUUUAUGACUAUGAGAUUAAAGUGACGCCUGGGUUGCUGGCGUCAGUCUUGGACCUUCCUCAUAAUGGGAUUCAGGCUGGCACAGACAGGGAGUUCUAUUAGUCUGGUUUCGGUUUGAUCAUGCUCUUGAGUCCUUGACUCGUGGCAUAGGUCAAUGGUUUCCAUCCAAACUUGUCGCCGGCAGGUUGCCAGAUGAUCUCAAGGUGUUGUUCUUCUUCCUCACACGCUGGUUUCUGCCUCGUGAUCUGGGCAGCACUGAUCUCAUUCAUUCUCCUGACCUCUAGGUCCUCUUUAAUGCGCGGGCUGGUCGUCGCAUUAGUUAUGCCUCCCUCAUGUUCCAGCACAUAAUCAAGUUUGGGCGUGAAUACUAUGGUGGUCCAUUGCCUUUUGGCCCUCAAAUCACGCGAUUCCUAUAUCGUCUAGGCAUUGACUUACGUGAUAAAGUUAUUGUCUGUGAUGUUUUGGAUGAUUAGUGUCCUCAGCACGUUCUUGCUCGCCUUGAUGCAUUAGUUGGUCCCCGUAAGCCUGUCACUGGCUCAGGGGGAGUGAAUGGUCAUCAACAUAUGGCUUUUAGGCUCUUGUUAAUGCAGCUGCUGCAGCAUUUAAACAAGACGCUACCACCAAUAGUGGCCCAAAGCGGAAGCUAAUGCUUGAAAAGGAUUUGAUGUUACCAAAGUUUGUAUAUGAGUCAAAUAAUAUCAAUGAUCUGAUUACUCCAGAUUCAGAUUCUGGUGAUGAGGAUAGAGUUUCAGGCUAUGCUUCACCUCCUAAUUAUCCGUUUUGAGAAAUGACCUGGAAGGCUGAGUUGAGUCUUAGGACACUAUCUUUUGAUCUUUCUAAGUUGACUGUCGAGUCUUUGGAUUUAAGUUCUUGGCUAUUGUUUUGAAAUAAGAAUAAAUAAAUGAAUUUCCUUUUUUUAGUGCACCAAGUGUACAUGUGUGUUUGGAUAGGCUGCACCCAUGGUUUGUUCAAUGUGUGCAGGUUGCUGAGUAGAGCCACUGACAAGCUUAGGGGGAGAAUGUUGGAAGAAGGCAAGCUUGUGUCAGGCUCCAAUUGAGGAAACCUGAAGAAAAUGAUCGAAAAAGGAAAUUCCAUUCUCGGUAAAACAAUUAAGGAAGGUGUCUUCAAUCAAGAUUAAAGUAGAAU